UAACGGCUUCGAUUCAACAAUUAAAGAGUAACAAUUUAACAUUCGAAUUCAAUUAGUGAAACGAGAUUAUGGUUACACCGAGAACUUGGCCUUCGGUGUUGUGCCUACUUUUCAUUGUAGCUGCAUCAUUAUCGACACCAGGCCAAGUUUAUAGCUCCGAAGUCGAGGUAAAAGACGAUGCUACGAAAACUGAAUGCCGAAAGCACAUUGAAGAGGCUCUCAAUAAAUAUUGGGAUCAAGAAACUGGAACUUACCAAACUCUGGAUGGAUCCAAGGUAGCUGACGAAAAUUCACCAGAAACGGACCACACUACGAUAACUGCCGAACCUGAAGUGACUACGAUUGAAAAACCUUGUGAAGAUGAUGACAAUGAUGGUAUUUGCAAUGAAGAUGAGGUCGAAGAGAUACCAGAGCCUGUGGCUCAGAUUCCAGAGAUCGUUUCACCAGCAGCUACUGGUGAAAAAUCAGAAUGUCCAGAUGAAGAUGGAAACGGAAUUUGUGAUGAGAAUGAAGCCAAAGAGGUUGAGGAAAAGAAAUCAAAUGAAAAGGUUAAGGAUGUCACUGAGAAUAAUGAAAUUGAUGAAGGUGAUGAUGAAGAGGAUGAAAGAGAAGCCAGAAAAUCAUUAAAGAAAAAGAAAAAGGAUCGAAAACGUUCCAAGUAUGAUGAGGAUGAGGAUGAAGAAGAUGAUAGUGUAGCUAAGCGAAGAUCAAAAAAGAGGAAACAACGAGUUGAAGAAGACGAAGAUGAAGACGAGGAAGAAACUUCAAAGAGAAAGAAGAGGAAAAGUAAAUCUCGAAAACAGAUGAUUGAUGAUGAAGAUGAGGACGAACAGUUAGACGAAGAAGAGGAAGACAGAAGUUCAAGGAAACGUCGACGACAGGAAGAGAAGGAAAAAGACGAAGUGAAACAAGAAAAAAUGGAAGAGAAAACAAAAGAGCAAGUAAAAGAAGAGGUUAAGGUCAAGGAAGAGCCGAAAAUUCCUGAACCAGUUGCGGUUCCAACACCAGUUGAACCUGUGGCUGUUGUCGAGCCCGAGCCCGAACCCGAAACAACACCAAUGACUUCAGGACACUCACAUGUAGACGAGAUUCUUAAACUCGGUGAGAUCGGAUCAAAAGAGGACGUUGCCGAGCAAAAUUUGAUUCUUUCCAUCUUCCGAGAUCUGAAAAAGAUUUAUACUACAUCAAUUAAACCAUUGGAAUCAAUGUAUAAAUAUCGUGAGAUAUCAACCCGAGUAAUAAGUGACGCUGAAAUCUUUGCCAGACCGAUGGUUCUCAUCCUUGGACCAAAGGGAAGUGGUAAAACAUCAUUGGUCAAUUAUCUACUAGGACUUCAGGCAACUCCUUGGCAAUUAAAUACAGGAAUAUCUACAAGUUAUCCUCAUUUCACAUUAUUGGUCCAAGGAGAUGCUUUCACUAAAUUAAGUCCCACUGAACUUUCAGCCGAUUUCACCUUCUCCGGACUUCAACAAUUUGGUCAACAUUUUGUUGAACAUCAUCUUCAAGCCUUUAAAAUGCCUCUUGAUGUCUUACAAAAGAUGACAAUUGUUGAUUGUCCAGGUUUUAUUGAUGAAAGUCUCAUGCCAAAGGAACCAGGUAAAGGUAUUGACAGUGAAGUUUAUCAAUGGUUUAUUGAUAGAAGUGAUGUUAUCUAUAUUAUGAUUGACGUUAAUCAACUUCAUUUAACGAGUAACCUUCACUCCCUAUUGGAACAAUUAAGAGGACGUGAUGUAAGGUUUGUCAUUUCCAAAUCUGAUUCUGUAACUCAUUCACAAAUUGUUACCUUAAUUGGACAAUUAUUAUGGGCCUUAUCUCCUCUUAUGACCAACAAUCAACCACCACAAGUUUUUGCCUUAACAACUCAAAUGGAAACCUAUGAGCCUUUCCUUGAUAUCCAAGAACAGGAAUGGCUUCAAGAUUUAUCCGAUCAAGUUUCUGGAUUAGCUCGUGUUGAAUCUCAUAUUGCUGAGGUUCGUCGACAUGCAGUUCGAGUUCGUAAUCAUGCCAAAAUAAUCGACUGUUACCUGGCCACAUAUUAUCGAAACAAAGGAUUAUUUAUGUUUGGAACGUCAGCUAAAAAGUUUGCCUCUGAAAUCACCGAGAAUCCACAACAAUACCGUGUAUUUAGCGGUGCCCUUGCAGCUCAAGCUCAGAAUAUCUCAAGAUACGAUCUACCAGAUCCUGAAUUAUAUCGUGAUUUCUUCCGAUCAAAUAAUCUUCUCGAUUUUCAACAAUUAUCUGCAACUUGUUCAUUCUUCCGAGGAUGUCCAUUGGAUAAAUUAGAUGUUGCCAUUUCCUAUCAACUUCCAGAUUUAGUCUCUAAGUACAAGAGGCUAACUAAACAUAAAACCAAUUAAGAAUAUAAACAAAAAAAAAUGCAAACAACAAGCAAAUAAAACAAUUAAAAGCAAGAGAACGACAAUAAUUGUUUCAAAAUUGAAAACAAAUUGAUUCGAAAAGGGAAAAGGAGGAAAAUCGUUCAAAAGUUACAAAUAUCUUUCAUCUUCUUACCUCUCUCUCUCAUCUUUCCCUUCAAUUUACACUCCCAACACCCAUUUCCACCCAACAGAACCCACCUCGAUCUCAUUCCCUAUUAUUUUCUCUCUCUCUCUCUCUCUCUCUUCAAAUCGUCUAACGUUUUUUGCAUAGAAUGACAAAUCCUAGACAACGGGAAAUCAAAAGCCUUCCAAAUGAAAAAUAAAUUAUCUUCCUUGUUACA